AUGGCUAUAAAGUUUGUCGCCUACCUGUGCGUUGCUACUUUUUUGGUAUCAGUAGUAGCCUCAGAUUCAAACAUCUUAAACUCAAAUGUGUUCCAUGUAUCUAUGGAUGAAGAUCUAAAAUACAGACUCGACUGGACGUUCGAUCGUUCUCAAAAAAUAAUGACCUUUACAGUUCAUGUCAAAACGACAGGAUGGGUAGGAUUUGGAAUAUCCCCUUACACUGGUAAAAUGCCCGGAUCUGAUGUUGUUAUCGGAUGGGUAGAUAAUAAUGGUAAAGCUUAUCUUCAGGAUCGAUAUGCAACAGGCCGUACAUUGCCAGAGUUAGAUUCAAGUCAAGACUAUAAACUUGUAUCGGGCUCUGAGAGUAAUGGCACAACAGCAAUAAAGUUUUGGAGAAAGUUUGAUACAGGAGAUACUAAAGAUUUAAAAUUAGACACCGGAACAACCAGAUUGAUUUGGGCCUAUAAUAACAAGGAUCCUGUAUCGACUUCUAAUAUUCCAAUGCAUAAUAAAAUGGGCACCCGUAGCGUAAACCUGUUUGAGAGGAUGCCGGAAAAAGAUAAGCCUGUACUGCCAUCAGAUUAUCAGACAUAUGAUUUUAGAGUACCAAACGUAAGCGUACCUAACGCUCAUACCACGUAUUGGUGUGUAGGAUUAAGGAUGCCUGAACUAACGGAAAAAAAUCAUAUCAUUAGGAUUGAUCCCAUCAUAACUAAAGGCAAUGAAGGUGUAGUCCAUCAUAUGACACUUUAUGAGUGUGAAUCCGAUCCUAAAUGGCAUGGUUAUAGUUCAGACUGUUCGAGUAGAAAUAUGCCCCUCCACUUAACUAGAUGUCGUGGAGGUGCUGUUGUAGCAGGCUGGGCUGUUGGUGGCGAGUCAAGUGUUUUCCCCGCUCAUACAGGAUUAGCUAUUGGCCAGAAAACCGAUCCCAAAUUUACAGUUAUUGAGAUGCACUAUGAUAAUCCCGAAGGUAGAUCAGAUUUUGUCGAUACCUCCGGUUUUAAAAUAUUUUAUACACGACAAUUACGCCAAUACGAUGUUGGAACCUUAACUAUGGGUCAUGCGGUUACACCAACCAUGAUGAUCCCAGAAAAACAAGACGAAUGGAAUAUCACCGGUUACUGCCCUCAAAUGUGCACUGAACGGGCUAUACCUAUGGCAGGUAUCAACAUCUUUGGAGUAUUCUUUCAUACUCAUUUAGCAGGUGUAGCAUUAUAUGCAAGACACUUCAGAAAGGGCAAAGAAUUGCCAUUACUCGCUCAAAAUAAGCAUUAUGAUUUCAACUAUCAGGAAGUUUUAUAUUUGAGGAAUGAAAUUAAAAUGUUGCCGGGAGAUUCUUUGGCUAUUACUUGCAGCUAUAAGACCGCUAAUCGUAAUACUAGCACUGUGGGAGGUGAAGCAACUAAGGAUGAAAUGUGUCUUAAUUACGUAUUUUACUACCCUAAAUUGCCGUUUUCAGUAUGCGUUACAUAUGCAUCAUAUACUGACCUUGUACCUUAUUUCACCAAAUUAAUCAUACAAGGCAGAAUGCCUAAUCCAACUCCGAAUAGCACAACCAGUCUUGCGGAGUCAGUUAGAAAAACCGUUAUAGGGGAUAGCGCAUUGAUUAAAGAGCUGCAUGACUUAGAAACUUAUCGUGCUCCUGACAUGUAUUGCUCCUAUCAAAAUCACUCGAUCAUCAUGGAUGAUUUAAGGCUAUCCAAACAAGCAAUUCCAAAGUAUAAGAUUGUCGAAAACAUGCCGUAUGUCUAUUGUAAUCCUUAA